AUGAAUUUACAUGAUGAUGAUGAUGAUGAUUAUGAAGGAUUUAAUGAUUAUGAACAUGCUUAUGAUGUUGAAAAUAUGUUUGGAGAUCGUAAUUUUCAACAGGUACUAGCAAAAUCAUCUCAUGGAAGAAGACCAAUAACGGGAAUGGCAAGGCAAAUGACUACUAAUAGAAUGGGAACAUCAAAAAAUAGUAAUAGAAUAGAAGCAAAUCUUCAGACAGCUUCUCGAAUGCGUAGUUCAUUAAUAUCACGUGGUGGAGAAACAUCUAAUCGUCCAAUGACAGCAAUUAAAGCUGCCGGUUAUACUUCAAUGGGACGUAAGAAUAAUUUUGAAUCUGUUCAAAAUCCUUUUACCAAAGAAACAAUUAUUGAAGAAACUUUGGAAGAUAAAUGUAAAAAAAUUGAAAGACAAGUAAACCAAUUAUUAAAGGAAAGUAUUAUGGCAUAUCAUAAUAAUAAUUUUAAAUUAUCAUUAGAAAAAGCUAAAGAAGCUGGAAGAAAAGAACGAGCUGUUGUAAAGUUACGUGAACAGUCCUCUUCAUCAUCUUCUUCUAGUAAUUAUAAUAAUGGUAAUACUAAUGAUCCAGCUGUCAAUGUAGAUUUAACUUUUACUGUAUUGUUUAAUCUUGCAGAACAAUAUAAUGCUAAUGGAAUGUUAAAUGAAGCAUUAAAUACAUAUCUUGUUAUUGUUAAAAAUAAUAGAGUUUUUACAAAUGCUGGAAAAUUAAAAAUUAAUAUUGGUAACAUUUAUUUUAGAAAAAAAGAUUAUGUUAAAGCAUUAAAAUACUAUAGAAUGGGUUUGGAUCAAGUAAAUAAUUUAGAAAAUAGUGUUAAAAUAAAAUUAUUAAAUAAUAUUGGUGUUUCAUUAAUAAAACUUGGAAAAUAUUAUGAUGCAUUGGCAACUUUUGAAUAUGCUGUUGAUGAAGGAGGAGACUAUUCAACUGCAUUAAAUCUUAUUCUAACAGCAUACUGUUUAGAUGAUGCUGAUAAAAUGAAAGAAUCUUUUCAAAAGUUAAUUGAUAUUCCUACAAUGAUAGAUGAUGAGGUAACAAAAAAUUUUGAAACUGAUGUUCUUGCUGCACAAAUAAUUAAUAAUGAUGAUUUAAAACAAUGGGAAAGAAAAAGAAAGCAAAUGGCAGAAAAUACAAUAUUGACAGCUGCAAAGAUCAUAUCUCCUGCAAUUGCAGCAACAUUUACAGAAGGAUAUGCAUGGUGUGUUGAGGCAAUAAAACAAAGUGUAUAUGCACCAUUAGCUACUGAAUUAGAAAUGAAUAAAGCAGUUGAAUUAUUGAAAAGAGGUGAAAUUUCAGCAGCUACAGAUGCAUUUUUAGUUUUUAAUACAAAAGAAAGUAAAGUUGCCAGUUCUGCAGCAAAUAAUCUUGCAAUGCUCUCUUUAAUAAAAGGAUCAUCUACUGAUAUUGCUGAAGCUGAAACUUAUGCAGAUCAAUCAUUAUCUUUUGACCGUUACAAUUCAAAUGCUUUUGUCAGUCGAGGAAACAUUUAUUUUGCAAAAAAUGACUAUACUAAUGCAUUACAAUAUUAUCGAGAAUCAUUAAAUGUUGAACCAUCACGUGUACAGGCUUUGUUUAACAUGGGUCUUGUUUAUCAACAAACAAAUGAUUUUCAAAAAGCGUUAGAAUGCUAUUAUAAACUUAACCAUAUGCUUGCAAAUAAUGUUCAAGUUAUAACACAAUUAGCUGGAAUAUAUGAAAAAAUUGAAAAUAAUGAACAAGCAAUAGAGUUAUAUUCACAGGCAAAUAGUCUUGCUCCAACUGAUCCAGAAAUAUUAAAUAAGUUAGGAAGAUUAUAUGAUAUUGAAGGUGAUCGAUCACAAGCAUUUCAAUGUUUCUAUGAUAGUUUUAGACUUUUUCCAUCAAAUAUAAAAGUCAUUGAAUGGUUAGGUGCAUAUUAUAUAGAUGCUCAAUUUGCUGAAAAAGCUGUAAGUUAUUUUGAAAAGGCUGCUGUCAUUGAACCAAAUAAUAUAAAAUGGCAAUUAAUGAUGGCAUCAUGUGAAAGGAGAAGUGGAAAUUAUCAAAAAGCAUUAAGUUUAUAUAAAGAAAUUCAUAAAAAAUUUCCUGAAAACAUUGAAUGUUUAAAAUUUUUAGUAAGAAUAUGUUCUGAUUUAGGAAUGGCAGAAGCUAAAAUUUAUUUUGAAAAGUUAGAAAAAAUUGAAAAAAUAAAAUUAUUAAGAGAACAAAGAGAAAAUAUUUCUAGUCAAGGUAAACGUAUUCUUAGUUCUGCUUCAAGUCACGACAGUUCAUCAACAGGUACAAAAAAAGAUGGAACAUUAAGAGUACCCUCUAGUAGAUCUCAAAGACAAUCAUCUGCUAAAUCUUUACUAGAAAAUGAAGAACCUUAUAUGGCUAGUACAAAAAAAUUAGAUGAAUUAGAUUUUAAAUAUAAUGAUCCAAUAGGUCCUCAAGCAUCUCGACCAAAAACUGGACACCAUAUACAACAAUCAAUGAAUGAGAUGUUUGAAAAUGAUGAUAUUGAUGAUAAUUUAUUACCAGAUUAA